AUGGCGGGCGAUCGAGACCUGUUGAUCGCAUAUGCGGUGCUGAUGGGCGGUGCACUGGCACCCAUCUACUUUGGAUCGUUUGCGUCGCUCAAGACGCCCAAGACGACGCGCGAGCUGAAUAAGGCAGCCAAGAAGAAGCGCAAGGGUGGCGACGACUCGGAAACGGAUUCGGAUUCGGAUUCGGACUCAGACUCGGACGAUGACGACGACGUGCUGGAUCGGGUGACGUCGUCGGAUGCCAUGUGGUUCCCCAUCAUGGGAUCGGCGGUGCUGUUCAGCCUGUUCCUGGUGACCAAGUACCUGGACAAGCGGUACGUGAACCUGCUGCUCAGCUUCUACUUUGGCUUUGUCGGGUGUCUUGCGCUGAGCCAGGCGCUGGUGUCGACGUGUCGCGGCGUUGUGGGCCGCAAGGCGUGGAAGAAGCUGCCGAGCUUCCGGCUGCAGCUGGACCAGCGCGGACAGGGGCGCGUAUUCAAGCUUUCGUUCACCACGGUCGACGUUGGGCUGCUGGCGGUGUCGGCGGUGCUGGUGGGAGUGUAUCUGGUGACCAAGAACUGGAUCAUCAGCAACCUGCUUGCGCUGUCGCUGUCGCUCAAUGCGAUUGCGCUCAUGUCGCUCGACUCGUUCCGCACGGGCGCCAUCAUGCUGGGUGGGCUGUUUGUGUACGACAUCUUUUGGGUGUUUGCGACGCCGGUGAUGGUGUCGGUGGCACGCAACUUUGAUGCACCCAUCAAGAUCGUUUGGCCCAAGAACAUUCUCGAGGCGGUAUGGGCGCUGCGUGCGCACGAGACGCUGCCCAAGCUGCAAUUCACCAUGCUUGGACUGGGCGAUAUCGUGAUCCCGGGCAUCUUUGUUGCGCUGGCGCUGCGGUACGACCAGCUGGUGGCGAGCGAGGCCAAGCCGUCGGUUGGAUUUACAAAGAGCUACACGCGAUUCGACAAGCCCUACUUCCGCGCCACGCUGGCAGCGUACGUGGCCGGGCUGGCGACGACGAUGGGCGUCAUGCACUUUUUCAAGGCGGCCCAGCCGGCGCUGUUGUACCUCAGCCCGGCGUGCACGGGUGCGGUGUUCAUCACGGCAGCGCUGCGCGGCGAGUUCAAGCAGGUGUGGAACUGGACCGACGGCGAAGACGAAGAGGCGGACAAGGAGGACCAAAAGAGCAAGAGCAAGAGCAGCAAGCCAGCCAAGACGAGCCAGCCAGCCACGCGCCGUUCCAGUCGUCGAUCCACCGCCGCAAAGGCAGAGUGA